AUGGGUUUGAAAAUUGCAAUGUGGGAUGCAUUUAUAAUUGGGGUGUUGGUUUCUUUGAGCUGGUUUGUUUCUUAUUCAGAAGCCUCUGUUUCUUAUGACCUAUACUUUGAAGGGAGAUAUGACUUGGUGAUUAUCAAGCUGGUGCAACAAGCUGGACUCUUUGUUAAUCUCAGAAUUGGCCCCUAUGUUUGUGCUGAAUGGAACUUUGGAGGUUUUCCAGUUUGGCUAAAGUAUGUUCCAGGCAUUAGUUUCAGGACAAACAAUGGACCUUUUAAGGCUGCAAUGCAAAAAUUCACAACCAAGAUUGUGAAUAUGAUGAAAGCCGAAAGGUUGUACCAAACUCAAGGUGGUCCAAUCAUAUUAUCCCAGAUUGAGAAUGAAUACGGGCCGAUGGAAUACGAGCUCGGCGCACCUGGUCGGGCCUACACCGAAUGGGCGGCUAAGAUGGCUUUGGAUCUCGGCACAGGUGUUCCAUGGAUCAUGUGCAAACAAGAUGAUGCCCCUGAUCCAAUUAUUAAUACAUGCAAUGGUUUCUACUGCGAUUACUUCUCUCCAAACAAGGCGUAUAAGCCCAAGAUGUGGACCGAAGCGUGGACUGGCUGGUUUACUGAAUUUGGUGGUCCGGUUCCUUAUCGACCGGCAGAGGAUUUGGCGUUUUCCGUUGCAAAAUUCAUCCAAAAGGGUGGCUCGUUCAUCAACUAUUACAUGUACCACGGAGGAACGAACUUCGGCAGGACAGCUGGUGGUCCGUUUAUCGCAACUAGCUACGACUACGACGCGCCUCUCGAUGAAUAUGGUAUGUUGAGACAACCUAAGUGGGGUCAUUUGAAAGAUUUGCACAGAGCAAUAAAACUAUGCGAGCCAGCUCUUAUAUCCGGAGAUCCCGUUGUUACACCACUCGGAAAAUCGCAGGAGGCACAUGUUUUCAAAUCGAGAAGUGGUGCAUGCGCAGCUUUUCUUGCAAACUACGAUCAACACUCGUUCGCAAGAGUCUCGUUUGCGAAUAUGCACUACGAUUUGCCUCCUUGGUCUAUAAGCAUUCUUCCCGAUUGCAAGAACACUGUUUACAAUACAGCAAGGAUUGGUGCUCAAAGUGCGAAAAUGAAGAUGACACCUGUCAGCAGAGGAUUUUCGUGGCAAUCGUACAACGAAGAAACUGCUUCGUCUUACGACGACAAUUCGUUCACAGUCGUUGGAUUGAGGGAGCAGAUUAAUACCACGAGAGAUAGCACCGACUAUUUGUGGUACACAACAGAUGUGAGGAUUGACUCGAGAGAAGGAUUUCUACGAGGUGGCAAAUGGCCGGUUCUUACAGUCUCGUCAGCUGGACAUGCUUUGCAUGUCUUCAUCAACGGCCAAUUAUCAGGAACUGCUUACGGAAGUCUGGAUAAACCAAAACUGUUUUUCAACCAAGGAGUGAAUCUUCGAGCAGGAGUCAACAAAAUUUCUUUGCUGAGCAUUUCAGUUGGUCUCCCGAACGUGGGCCCGCAUUUCGAAACGUGGAAUGCUGGCGUUCUUGGUCCGAUUUCGCUCACUGGUCUUAAUGAAGGGAAAAGAGACUUAACAUGGCAAAAAUGGUCUUACAAGGUUGGUCUGAAGGGAGAAUCACUGAGUCUGCAUUCACUGAGUGGAAGCUCAUCUGUUGAAUGGGUUGAAGGUUCCUACAUAGCUGAAAGACAACCUUUGACUUGGUACAAGACAAUAUUUAAUGCUCCGUCUGGGAAUGAACCUCUGGCUUUAGACAUGAACACGAUGAGUAAAGGGCAGGUUUGGAUAAACGGUCAAAACAUCGGAAGAUACUGGAAUCAGUACAAAGCAUCCGGCAACUGUGGGGCCUGCAAUUAUGCUGGUUGGUUCAACGAGAAGAAAUGCCUAACCAAUUGCGGUGAAGCUUCUCAAAGAUGGUAUCAUAUUCCUCGAUCAUGGCUAUAUCCAACCGGAAAUCUACUGGUAGUGUUCGAAGAAUGGGGAGGAAAUCCUUACGGAAUCUCUCUAGUGAAACGAGAAGUAGCGAGCGUUUGUGCAGAUAUUUACGAAUGGCAGCCGACUUUAGUCAACUGGCAGCUUCAAUCGUCGGGAAAAGUCAACAAACCGUUGAGGCCGAAAGCUCAUCUCUCGUGCGAUGCCGGUCAGAAAAUCUCGUCGAUCAAAUUCGCCAGUUUCGGAACUCCACAGGGGUCUUGUGGUAAUUUCCGCGAAGGAAAUUGCCAUGCGUUCCAUUCUUACGACGUUUUCGAGAAGUAUUGUGUUGGGCAAGAAUCGUGUACCGUACCGGUAACACCGGAGAUAUUUGGAGGCGAUCCGUGUCCGAGUGUGAUGAAGAAACUAUCUGUCGAGGCCAUAUGCAGUUAAUUUAUGACAGACAACGUAUGCGUGUGCCUACGAAUAAAAUAUCUUCUAUUAUAUAUCUAUAUAUAUACUAUUUUAUUUUUACAAAAAAUCGAAUGGAUCAUAGUUAUAUUCUUCGGGCUUAGCUGGGGUGAAGUUGUACAUAAUAUACAACACACCAUCGAGUCCAAGGCCUUAUAAAGAUAUUUAAAGAUGAUCACUUUGUAUAUAGUGAUAUGAUUUAUAGUUCUUUUCUUUCUUUUCUUCUUUUUUGUUUUGUUUUGCAACUCUGUGUAAUGGGAUUCGAAUGCGCGUUGAGACGAAGGAAAACGAGUCCAUGUGUGUUCGUUUCUCGGUUUCAAUAUUCGGGAUUUGUAUAUUUCGUUUCAUGUAAUGAAAGCAAUCUUUUCAUUGCUUUACCCUUGUAAAUGGAGAAAAAAAUGCUGUGAAAAUGUACUCAGUAAUAUAUGAAGAUUAUAUUGAUCA